UUCCAUACUCUGGAUUUUCCAUAACUAAAUACAUAAAGAUGACAUCGUGACCUGGAUAUGCUUGCAGUCGGACACCGCGUACUGUUGGAUUACAAAUUCUCAUUUAAAGUAAGCACACAAGAAUAGUAAUAGCGUCGUCGUAACUUCCUGUUCUAGUGAAUGAGCUAUAUAUGUCUGCAGGAAAAUGUAUAGCUGCAAACAGUUAAUCAUCACAAUACAAUUGGUAUGUGUUGUUAAAUCGGUGAUAUUUUGUGGAUUACAAAAUGAACAUAACGAAGAACCAGGAACGACCCAUAACUGUGCGCGGUGCUCGAGCUGCUCCCCAGGAGAGUUUAUAAAAACAAAAUGUGCUAUUUCAAACGAUACAGUGUGUGAACAGUGUCCGCCAGGAACGUUUUCUUUGGAGAAGAAUUCAGUCAUGUGUACAGAAUGCACAUCAUGUGAUGACAUUCUUCAAUUUACGAUUCAAACUUGCACAGCUGUGAGCAACACGACCUGCUCCCCGUGCCCGGAGAACAUGUUCUUAAGAGAUGGAGUUUGUAAGAACUGUUCAACGUGUCCUCCGGGUACGUAUGCGUUAAGAACGUGUUCCGGGGAGAGCGAUACAGUGUGCAAUGAAUGCAGACCAGGUUCGUUUACUGCAACACAGAACCUGGACAGAUAUUGUAAAGCGUGUGCGAUUUGUCUGAAGAAUCGAAUAUAUAACAGAUCAUGUACAAGUACAACGGAUAACAUCUGUGGUGACUGCAAACCAGGUUACUAUGCCAACGAGAAUACAGGAAAUUGUGAGAAAUGUUCGUAUUGUUAUCCAGAUCACCCGGGUUACACGGUUUACGUGUCUGCUUGUGAUCAUAUAUCAGAUGACCCGGAUUACAGGUGCAUGCCUGUAAGGCAUCCUCCACCUGUUGAAUUUGUUGGUACACUAAAUGUAGAAAGAACAUCCAGUGUUUCAGUCUCUUCUACAGUUAACACUAGCUCGCAGACGAAAAGUAAGAAACUUACUGCAACACAAUGGAAAGUUAUUAUCGCCUUGACAAGCAUAACAAUCUUUAUUGUGAUUUGUGUAGUUGUGUACUGUACAAUAAAACGAAAAAAAGGCCACACUACCUGGAAACUCCUCAAUGUGAUACUAGAUAAACUGAGAGGGAAUUUGGACUCACAUAUUUCAAGGGACAUGCUGUUAGAAGCAAAUGGGAGGCUCGGGUCAAUUGAAGGCAGCGCAGGAAAUGAAAAUGUGAGUUCAAAUGAAGCCCUUAAUGCUGUAGAAAGUGUAACAGUAAACUCAGAUGAUAUCACUGGAGACAACUCAGAUGAAACCAUUGGGGGCAACUCAGAUGAAACCUUUGGGGACAACUCAGAUGAAACCAUUGGCUUUGAGAAAUUUGAACUUCCUGAACAUGUUGUCACCGAGACGCAUCCAUACAACGUUGAUGAGCUGCUGUUGAACAGUCAUUCAGAAAAUGCCGAAAGCAAUAUAUCUGUGGAUAAAUUGGAUCGUAUACCAUGUAUCAAUGAAAAGCCAUGCCGUAAAGCGCAGAAAGUGGACCAUCAGCUAAUCGUCAAUAGAACUGCCGAAAUGACAGUUCCGAUGUAUAUGAGGGGGGUGCAAAUAUAAAUUUUAAUCAAAUAAAUAACUUUGACGAUAUUAAUUAUAA